AUGGCCAAUUCUCCUGAGGAUGACCUCCAGGACCAGGUCUGCGUCCUCGUCACCGGCGCCAACAGCGUCAUCUUCACCACGCGCAGCACCAGCAAAGGCAAUGACACGCUGCGCCGGCUGCGCGACCACCUCCGCACCUCCUCCUCGACGGAAACAAACCGCGUCACCUUCAUCCCAGAGACCGUCGACCUGACGAACCUCCUCUCCGUGCGCGCCCUCGCCCGCCGCCUUACAUCCCCCUCCACAGCGCCCCACAAACUAGACGCCGUCAUCCUCAACGCCGGCCUGGGCGGCUGGACCGGCAUCGACUGGCCGCGCGCCAUCUGGGGCGUCUGCACCGACCUUGUGCACCAGGUCUCCUGGCCGUCCUACAAGGUCGCGCCCGCGGGCGUCGUGACGGCCCCGCAAACCGCCGCCCCCGACGAACCGCGCCUCGGCGCCGUCUUCUGCGCCAACGUCUUUGGGCACUACAUGCUCGCCCACUACCUCAUGCCGCUCCUGCACCGCGCCCCCGCCGCCUCCCCCGGCCGCAUCGUCUGGGUCUCCAGCCUCGAGGCCACCGCCUCCCUCUUCGACCCGGACGACCUCCAGGGCCUGCGCACCCUGACCCCCUACGAAUCCUCCAAGGCGCUGACCGAUAUCCUCGCCCUGACGGCGGACCUGCCCAGCGCCGCGCCGUGGGUGCGCAGCUUCUACGCCCUCGAGGGCAAAGAGACGGACGAAGCGCCCCCGGCGGCCGACGCGCCACAGCCAAACAUGUACCUCUCGCACCCUGGCAUCUGCGGCACCGGUAUCCUCCCGCUGUCGUGGCCGCUGUUCUACGCCAUGCUGUCGUCUUUCUGGCUGGCGCGCCUACUCGGCUCGCCAUGGCACACUCUGUCAACGUACCUGGGUGCCUGUGCGCCCGUGUGGCUGGCCCUCGCGACGCAGUCAGCACUCGACGCCGCCGAGGCCGGAUACCGAGAGCGGGGCGGCGGGCGUGCCAAAUGGGGCUCGUCGUGUGACCGGCUCGGACGGAACUCUGCCGCGUCAACGGAGGUCGAUGGAUGGGGGUAUGGUGGCGUUGUUGGGCCGGCGGUGCUGGACGCGGAUCGGGCGCGCCGGCGGAAACGUGGAGCGCGGGAUUUGACUCGCGAGGAAAAAGAGCAGUUUGAGGAGCUGGGCCGUACGUGUUGGAAGCGCAUGGAGGAGUUGCGGGUGCAAUGGGAGGGGAUUCUGGACCGCGCGGAGAAGGCUGUCUAG